UGUGUGUGUGUGUGUGUGUGUGUGUUCUUGACAAGCGUAUCUUUUAAAAUCAACUGUCACUGUGCUUCCUGCCUGUAAUCAUUUCCCUAGUUUCCUUUCUGACUUUUUAAAAUCGAUGGUGACCUCUGCUUAUGAGUCAUGAGCGAUCUGUUCGUCGUAGGUCCCUGAGGACCUCACUCUCCACUCCUGUUUCAGGCAUGGGGCGGUUCGUUCUGCUGUGCCGAGCUGCUGUCUUUCUGCUGGGAGGCUGGAUGGCUUCGGGGCAAGUAGGAACAGGAGAAGGAGUACAGAUUCAGAUCAUCUACUUCAAUUUAGAAACUGUGCAGGUGACAUGGAAUGCCAGCAAAUACUCCAGGACCAACCUGACUUUCCACUACAGAUUCAACGGUGAUGAGGCCUAUGACCAGUGCACCAACUACGUUCUCCUCGAAGGUUACACUUCGGGGUGCCUCCUAGACGCAGAGCAGCGAGACGACAUUCUCCAUUUCUCCAUCAGGAACGGGACGCACCCCGUUUUCACCGCAAGUCGCUGGGUCGUUUAUUACCUGAAACCCAGUUUCCCGAAACACGUGAGCUUUUCGUGGCAUCAGGACGUGGUGACGGUGACGUGUUCUGACCUGUCCUACGGGGAUCUCCUCUAUGAGGUUCAGUACCAGAGCCCCUUCGACACGGAGUGGCAGUCCAAACAGGAAAAUACCUGCAAUGUCACCAUAGAAGGCUUGGAUGCCGAGAAGUGUUACUCCUUCCGGGUCAGGGUGAAGGCUAUGGAGGAUGCAUAUGGGCCAGACACAUACCCAAGCGACUGGUCAGAGGUGACAUGCUGGCAGAGAGGCGAGAUUCGGGAUUCCUGUGCAGAGACACCAACGCCUCCCAAACCAAAGCUGUCCAAAUUUAUUUUAAUUUCCAGCCUGGCCAUCCUUCUGAUGGUGUCUCUCCUCCUUCUGUCUUUAUGGAAAUUAUGGAGAGUGAAGAAGUUUCUCAUGCCCAGCGUGCCAGACCCAAAAUCCAUCUUCCCCGGGCUCUUUGAGAUACACCAAGGGAACUUCCAGGAGUGGAUCACAGAUACCCAGAACGUGGCCCACCUCAACAAGAUGGCAGGUGUGGAGCAAGAAGGUGGCCCUGAGGAGCCCCUGGUGGUCCAGUUCGCCAAGACUGAAGCCGAGUCACCCAGGACGCUGGACCCACAGACCGAGGAGAAAGAGGCCUCUGGGGCAUCCCUCCAGCUUCCCCACCAGCCCCUCCAAGGCGGUGAUGUGGUCACAAUUGGCGGCUUCACCUUUGUGAUGAAUGACAGCGCCUAUGUGGUGUUGUGAUGGACACACCACUCUCAAAGUCAACGUCAGGAUCCACGUUGACGUUUAAAGACUGAGGGGAGUGUCCUGGGGACUCCACACCACCAUGGAUGGGAAUUCUCCACGCCAAUGAUGGUAGGACUAGGAGCGUCUGAAGAUGCAGCCUCACCGCCUAAUGCAGCCACUGCGAUGCUAACUUUCCCCCACAUGGGUAUCUGUGUUCAAAGGCUUGAUGGCAGAUAGGAGCCAAUUGCUCGAGGAGAUUUACUCCCAGUUCGUUUUUGUGCCUGAACGUUGUCACAUAAACCCCAAGGCAGGACAUCCAAAAUUCUGUAAAACCAUCUUCCCACUCUGUGAGCCCCCAGUUCCGUCCAUGUACCAUUCCCAUAGCACUGGAUUCUCGGAGGAUUUUUUGUUUGUUUGUUUUGAGACGGAGUCUCACUGUGUCGCACAGGCUGGAGUGCAGUGGUGUGAUCUUGGCUCGCUGCAACCUCUGCCUGCCGAGUUCAAGCGAUUCUCCUGCCCCAGCCUCCUGAGUACCUGGCAUUACAGCUGCCCGCCACCACACUCAGCUAAUUUUUGCAUUUUUAGUAGAGACGUGGUUUCACCACGUUGGCCAGGCUAGUCUUGAACUCCUGACCUCAGGUGAUCCACCUGCCUCAGCCUCCCAAAGUGUGCUGGGAUUACAGGCGUGAGCCACCACGACCAGCUCUCAGAGGAAUUUUUUUUUUCGAGACAGAGUCUUGCUCUGUUGCCCAGGCUGGAGUGCAGUGGUGCGAUCUCAGCUCACUGCAACCUCCGCCUCCCGGGUUCAAGUGAUUCUCCUGCCUCAGCCUCCUGAGUAGCUGAGACUACAGGCGUGCACCACCACACCCGGCUAAUUUUUGCAUUUUUAGUAGAGACAGGGUUUCACCACUUUGACUAGGCUGGUCUCAAAUUCCUGACCUCUGGUGAUCCACCUGCCUCAGCCUCCCAAAGUGCUAGGAUGACAGGCUUGAGCCACCUCAUCUGAUUUUCAGAGGAUUUUUUUUUUUUAUAAACAAAGAAUAAAGCAUUUCAUCUUUUUUUUUUUUUUUUUUUUUGAGAUGGAGUCUCGCUCUGUCACCCAGGCUGGAGUGCAGUGGCACGAUCUCGGCUCACUGCAAGCUCCGUCUCUCAGGUUCACACCAUUCUCCUGCCUCAGCCUCCCGAGUAGCUGGGACUACAGGCGCCUGCCACCACGCCCGGCUAAUUUUUUGUAUUUCUAGUAGAGACGGGGUUUCACCAUGGUAGCCAGGAUGGUCUCGAUCUCCUGACCGCGUGAUCUGCCCGCCUCGGCCUCCCAAAGUGCUGGGAUGACAGGUGUGAGCCAC